AUGGUCCGCCACAAGAAAGACUUCAAAUCAGGCAAAAAGUACACCAACCCGCCACGAACACGUCCGCCCCGCCCCGGCGACGAAGAAAAUGGAGACGAUGAUACGUCCACCCCAGCCGCACCGAAAGCACCUAAGCCCGCAUGUUGGGAUCUCGGGCACUGCGACGCAAAGCGCUGCUCUGGGAAGCGCCUCAUGCGUCUCGGGCUCCUACGAGAGCUCCACGUAGGGCAGAAAUUCGCAGGCGUGGUUAUCUCGCCCAAAGGCAAGAAGAUUCUGAGCCGCGAGGAUAACGAGCUGCUGGAGAUGUACGGCGCGGCUGUCGUGGAAGCGAGCUGGAAGAGGAUAGACGAGGUGCCGUUUGGGAAGAUAGGUGGCAAGUGCGAGAGGUUGCUGCCGUAUCUUGUGGCGGCGAAUCCGACGAAUUAUGGGAAGCCGUGGCGGUUGAACUGUGUGGAGGCGCUGGCAGCGAGCUAUUAUAUCUGCGGACACCCUGAGUGGGCCGAGGACAUACUGAGCUCGUUCAGCUAUGGUGAGGCGUUUCUGGACAUUAACGCGGCGCUUCUGAAGAGGUACUCCGCGUGCCAGAAUGAGGAGGAGAUCAAGAAGGCGGAAGAGGUAUGGUUGGCAAAGAUUGAGAGGGAGUAUGUGGAUAAUAGGGCCGAGAAGGAGGAUGGGGGUGAAGAGGAUGCUUGGGCAGGCGGGAACAUGAAUAGGAGGCAGAUAGAUUUCUCGGACGAGGAAGACGAAGACGGAGAGGACAAAGAAGGAGAAGAGAGCGAAGAGGAGAUUGACCGCCGGAACCCGUACAACAUUCCUGAACCCUCAGAUGACGAAGAAGAGAUGGCAGAACUACGUCGACGCGUUCUAGCUUCUAAGCCGUUCGUCAACCCAACGCCCAAAGCAGCGGAUGACGAGAGGAAGCAGCCAGAGCGAAUAGCACGGACGGAACCUAUACCACCGAAGGAUAAGGAUGACGAUGACGAUGGAUCUGGGUCUGCACCGGAACACGACGGGUUAGACGAGGAAUUCGACAGCUUCAUGGCUGCACAGCCGACCACCGACCGGACGGGGAUCCAAGGGAAGCAGCGACAAAAGGCGAUGGACAAGAAGGCGACUGCCACUUUUACUAAUACUAUCAUCACGAUGAGAAUUUUCGCCUUUAUAACGGCCGAUAUCACGCCCGAGGAAUGGGCCGAUUUUGCAACAACUGCCGCCGUUCCCCCUCAAAUCCGAUUCCCCGAACCCUUAGUCCCAUACGUUCUCGUCCAUUCCCCCUCGCAGCAAGAUCUCACAUCUGCGACCACUUCGAUCAGCACCUCCAUCACGACCUCCUUCAAAGGCACGCCAUGGCUCGAAAUCAAGGACAUCUUCCUUACGCUCACCGCUCACCCAAUCCACAACACGAUAUACACGGAUUUCUUCCUCAUUCUAGACGAGCAGUCGAAGAAAGACCGCAAGGUCAUUCUUGUGCAAUGCGAAUUGGAGUACGCGGGGCCUGACGGCGCAGGGUACGCGGGUCCUAGCGAUAAGGAUGAUAUAGUGAAGUUCCUGGUGUGGAAGAUGCACCGCGUGCCGUUUGAGAUGGCGUGGCACACGUCCGACCUGUUGAUGGAGCGUGAUGGGCAGCUGGAGGAGCCGUGGCUGAAGGAGGUGGCUUGGGAGGAGCAGGAGAAGGAGGCUUGAGGAAGGCAAUGGAAUGGAUGGGUGGGGAUUGGGGGUGGUUUCGAUGGCGUAUGGUAUGCCCUUUUUCGUUGGCUGGAAGUGCGGUUUGAAAUGUGCAUUUGGUACUUCGCGGGUGUUUUAAGCGGUCACCUUGCAGUUUGAAUUUGGUGCUGCGCGCCUCUUACUCUGGGGGUUUUUCUUUUCACUUUCCAAUGCCUCCUUUCAUAAAAAAAAUCACCGUGCUGCAAUGCCAGAAUAUAGUAGUGCUGAACUUAUCAAAGGAAAGUAAGACAAGAAAAGCC